AUGGCCACCGAACUGACCGUCCAGUCGGAGCGUGCUUUCCAGAAGCAGCCUCACAUCUCUCUUGUCACCAAGAGCAAGACCAAGCGUCCCGGCAAGGGUGGCCGCCGGUGGUACAAGGAUGUCGGUCUGGGUUUCCGUACCCCCAAGACUGCCAUUGAGGGCCAGUACAUCGACAAGAAGUGCCCCUUCACCGGUCUCGUCUCCAUCCGUGGCCGUAUCCUGACCGGCACCGUCGUUUCCACCAAGAUGCACCGUACCAUCAUCGUCCGCCGCGAGUACCUUCACUUCAUCCCCAAGUACGCCCGUUACGAGAAGCGACACAAGAACCUCGCUGCCCACGUCUCCCCAGCCUUCCGUGUUGAGGAGGGUGACCAGGUUACCGUUGGACAGUGCCGACCUCUGAGCAAGACUGUCCGAUUCAACGUCCUCCGUGUGCUGCCCCGCACCGGCAAGGCUGUCAAGAAGUUCUCCAAGUUCUAA